AGGAACUGGCUUCGCGGGCAGUGUUUCCCGCCCCCGACUUUUUCUCCAGGCGCAGGGCGAGCGGAGGAAGCUGGCCCGGAACGGGGCCCUCUGGGAAUUGUGGCUGAGGCGGGGGGCAUGCCUAUCGGGACACGGUGGGGUCUGGGGUCCUGAGGCGGCUGGCAGACUAUGGGUACAACAGCAAGCACGGCCCAGCAGACAGUCUCGGCUGGCACCUCCUUAGAGGGCCUGCAAGGCAGCAGCGCCAUGGAUGGCAGGCAUUCCCUCAGCGCGCAGUCCUUCCACACCACAAGCUUGCACAACAGCAAGGCCAAGUCCAUCAUCCCCAACAAGGUGGCCCCUGUUGUGAUCACGUACAACUGCAAAGAAGAGUUCCAGAUCCACGAGGAGCUGCUCAAGGCCCAUUACAGGAUGGGCAGGCUCUCAGAUGCCAGCCCUGAGCACUACCUGGUGCAGGGCCGCUAUUUCCUGGUGCGUGACGUCACUGAGAAGAUGGACACGCUGGGCACCUUGGGGAGCUGUGGGGCUCCCAACUUCCGGCAGGUGCGGGGCGGACUCCCUGUGUUUGGCAUGGGACAGCCCAGCCUCCUGGGGUUCAGGAGGGUCCUGCAGAAACUCCAGAAGGACGGGCACAAGGAGUGCAUCAUCUUCUGUGUGCGGGAGGAGCCUGUGCUGUUCUUGCGGGCUGAGGAGGACUUCGUGUCCUACACACCCCGAGACAAGGAGAGCCUUCGUGAGAACCUCAGGGGCCCUGGGCCGGGGGUCAAGGCUGAGAGCCUGGAGCUGGCCAUCCGGAAAGAGAUCCACGACUUUGCCCAGCUGAGAGAGAACACGUACCACGUGUACCACAACACAGAGGACCUGCGUGGGGAGCCGCGCACCGUGGCCAUCCGAGGUGAGGAUGAUGUGCACGUGACCGAGGAGGUGUAUAAGCGGCCGCUGUUCCUGCAGCCCACCUACAGGUAUCACCGUCUCCCCCUGCCAGAGCAAGGGGCCCCCCUGGAAGCCCAGUUUGAUGCCUUUGUUAGUGUCCUCCGGGAGACCCCCAGCCUCCUGCGGCUCCGAGAUACCCACGGGCUUCCCCCUGCCCUCCUGUUCAGCUGCCAGUCAGGUGUGGGCAGGACCAACCUGGGCAUGGUCCUGGGUACCCUUGUGCUGUUCCACCACAGUAGAACCUCCUCCCAGGCAGAGGCUGCCUCCUUGCUGACCAAACCCCUGCCCAUGGAGCAGUUUCAAGUGAUUCAAGGCUUCAUCAGCAUGGUGCCCCAGGGGAGGAAGAUGGUAGAGGAGGUGGAUCGAGCUGUCACUGCCUGUGCAGAGCUGCAUGACCUGAAGGAAGAGGUCCUAAAGAACCAGAGGAAGCUGGAAGGCAUCCGGCCAGAGAGCCCAGCACAGGAAAGUGGCACCCAGCAUGCUGUCCAACAGAGGGCGCUGCGGAGCCUGGAGCUGUACUUCUACCUGAUCCUGUUUAACUACUAUCUGCAUGAGCAGUACCCGCUGGCCUUCGCCCUCAGUUUCAGUCGAUGGCUGUGUACCCACCCUGAGCUGUACCGUCUGCCCGUGAUGCUGAGUUCAGUGGGGCCCAUGGCCCCUGGGGACCUCAUCGCCAAGGGCUCCCUGGAAGCAGACGAUCUCGUUUCCCCGGAUGAGCUCAGCACCGUCAGAGAGAUGGACGUCGCCAACUUCCGGCGUGUACCGCGCAUGCCUAUCUAUGGCACCGCCCAGCCCAGUGCCAAGGCCCUAGGCAGCAUCCUGGCCUACCUGUCUGAUGCCAAGAGGAAGCUCCGGCAGGUGGUCUGGAUCAACCUGAGGGAGGAGGUUGUACUGGAGUGUGAUGGUCACGUCCACAGCCUGUGGCCACCCGGACCAACCCUGGCCCCUGAGCAGCUGGAGGCCCUGGAGGCCCAGCUGAAGGCCCACCUGAGUGCUCCUGCCCCCAACACGAAGAACCCUACCACCCCCAGGUUCCAGAAGUGCCUGACCACACAGGAGGUCUUCAGGCAGCACCAGGGGGCCUGCCUUGGCCUUACCUACCACCGUAUUCCCGUACCAGACUUCUGCGCCCCCCGGGAGGAGGACUUUGACCGGCUGCUUGAGGCCAUGCGGGCUGCUCUCUCCAAGGACCCAGACACAGGCUUUGUCUUCAGCUGCCUUAGCGGCCAGGGCCGGACCACAACUGCCAUGGUGGUGGCUGUGCUGGCCUGCUGGCACAUCGGGGGCUGUCCCGAGGUGGGCGAGGAGGAGCUAGUGAGCGUGCCUGAUGCCAAGUUCACCAAGGGCGAGUUUCAGGUGGUGAUGAAGGUGGUACAGCUGCUGCCCGAUGGCCACCAUGUGAAGAAGGAGGUGGAUGCGGCGCUGGACACUGUCAGCGAGACCAUGACUCCUAUGCACUAUCACCUUCGGGAGAUCAUUAUCUGUACCUACCGACAGGCAAAGGCCACCAAAGAGGCCCAGGAGGCUCGGCAGUUGCAGCUGCGGAGUCUGCAGUACCUGGAGCGCUACAUCUACCUGAUCCUCUUCAAUGCCUACCUCCGCCUGGAGAAGGCCGGCUCCUGGCAGAGGCCCUUCGGCACCUGGAUGCGGGAGGUGGCAACCAAAGCUGGCAUCUACGAGAUCCUCAACCAACUGGGCUUCCCUGAGCUGGAAAGCGUGGAAGACCAGCCUCUGUCAAGGCUCCGCCACCGCUGGCAGGAGCAGAGCCGAGACCCGGAGCCCUGUGACGUCGGGGACUUCCUGUAGACCUUCUUCUUGCUCCAUGACAGGCAGGCUGGGGGCCUGAGGCUCUCAUUGCUCCAGAUGAACACUGGCCAGCUUCCUGGAGAGAUUGAGGGGCCAAGAGCCUUUGGAAAGAGGUUUUUGUAGGAUGUGUAGAUGGCACAGCCGUUCUCUGUAAACCCUUGGGGUAUGUAAUGGCCUCUGGCAAGGCCCAGCAUGUGUACCUCACAGACCAGCUAGCGAACAGCCUCCGGGGAGCCCGCUCCCCACACAGCCAGUCACCACCACUGUCCUCUUCUUACUGUUGGCCAUCAGACUGCCUAGGUGGGCAGCAGGCUGGCCAUGUUCGUUUUUUCUUUUUUUUAAACUUCCUUCCUCUGGCUGGCUUGCUCUUGCUUCCUCACACUUUCAACCUAAGCAGCUGACCGAGGUAGGCGAAGGGGAUGGCGAGCUGGGCAGGUCCAUGUUAAAGGCAGCUCUGUCCAGCUCCUCCUGGCUCAUGAGCGUCGCCAGCCUGGAAGACUGUAAGGCGAGCUCUCCUCCCCCCCACUCCCCUCCCGACCCCGGCUUCCUUCUCUAGACUGGCAGAGGUGGAAGCUCCCAGGGCGUUGGAAAUAUCAGGGAGACCCUCCCAGUGUGGGGAAAGGGCGUGUGGAGGCCAGGGAGGCCGUGAAGAGGAGGGAGCUGUGUGUCGGAAGCCUGUUGGCAGGGUCCAGGGUGACUCUUGGGGGAAGUGGAGGGUAAGACAGACAGGGCCAUGGUGGCUGACUGUCGGGCCUCGGAUUCCAGGUCCGCCCUUGCCGGGACCGCUGAGCUGCUUCCUUGGGACGCUGCUGAGUUCUGAGCAGUCUCGUUCACUCAGUAGGAAGGUGAGCAUAGAGGCCUGUGUUUGGCGACUCUUGGCUGGGUUUGUCUGUCUGUAGUUUGCUCCAUCCAGGGGUUGCGCAUCUGGGAGCUUGGUUACCUGUCUGACUCUGUGGGGACAGGGAUGAGUCUCUGAGGCUCCUGUCCUUCAGCAGGAAGGUGGAAAGACCUGUCAGCUGUUCGCUGUCAUAUCUGAAGAGGCCAAAAGUUGUUUCCUGCCUGGGGAAGUAGUGACCCUCUUAGCCAACUUCUUUUGCAAGCUGCUGUAUGUCUGUUCACGGCUUCUCAGGUUUGCUGGUGUCUGCUUUGUGCAUAUCAGUUAUUUUCAGAUAAGUAGCCAAGGAGUCAGAGACCAGAGAGGGGCCCUUCACACUCUCAUGGUUGGCACUGACUUGGAGAUAUGCUGGGACCACUGGCGGAUGGAUCACUUUACCUCUCUCCCUCAGUUUCCCCAUCUGCAAAAUGGGAGAAUAAUACUUGCCUACCUACCUCACAGGGAUGUUGUGAGGAAUCCUUUAUGGUUUUUUGUUUUUGUUUUUGUUUUUGUACAGAGCUUUUGAGCAUUAAAAACAGUAUAAACGUUCA